AUGCUUUUCCUGCAUAUGGCACAUCACACUUCUCCAAUACGGCGAGCAUGUUUUUUUCUCAGAAAGAUCAACUGCAGCAUUCAGCGACACGCCUACGUCACUGAUAGUCGUCAAGCGCGCCAGCGAGCGCCAUUUCAUAUGGCUGUUGUAGGUGCGGGACCUGCUGGCUUUUAUACUGCGCAUCGAGUGCUGUCAAAGAUUCAAGACGCAAGAGUGGAUAUGUUUGAACGAUGGCCAACCCCCUUUGGACUUACGAGAUAUGGUGUCGCGCCCGAUCAUGCAGAAGUUAGGAAAUGUCAGGAAAAGUUUAAGGACAUAGCUGGCUCUCCAAACUUCACUUACAUCGGUAAUGUUGCAAUUGGGCAGGGCGCCAAUUCUGUACCCCUAAAAAGCCUCCUCCCUCACUAUGAUGCUAUCGUCUUUACGUACGGUGCCUCGAGGGAUAGAAAGUUGGGCAUUCCUGGUGAAGACCAACUUGAUGGUGUUUACUCAGCUAGAUCGUUCGUAGGAUGGUACAAUGGACUUCCCGAGAUUAUGGCACCAGUUCCAGAUCUUACAGCUACAAAAGAAGCUAUUAUUAUUGGACAAGGAAAUGUGGCCCUCGAUAUUGCCAGAAUUAUUCUCACUGACCCGGAAUCACUCAAAAAUACUGACAUACCUCAAAAUGUUCUAGCAGCCCUCAGAGAGAGUAAGAUAGAGCGAAUAAGGAUAAUUGGCCGAAGGGGCCUUGUUCAGGCUGCCUUUACUAUCAAAGAAAUCCGAGAGCUCGGGUCCUUAUCCAACGUAGUUAUAGAAUGUGUACCAGAUUUUCUGAUGCCUGACGAGAAUACCAUAAAUAAACUGCCCAGAGCACGUAGGCGACUGAUCAACUAUAUAAGAGAUAAUUUUGUCGAAAGCCGAGCGGCUUCGCCUUCUAUUAACCUUCCCACGGUGCCUUCUGAUUCGCGCUCAGGUUCAGUAGCUUGUCAAUACAGUUCCGUUGAUAAACGACUACUAACUUUUGAUUUUAAUCUUUCCCCUAAGAGCUUCAAUUCCAGAUCAACAUGCCCUAACAAACUUGGCACAGUGACCUUUGAAAGAACAGCCCUAUCUCCCAAUCCAUUCAAUGUAGAGGCUAAAGCUAUUGGCACUGGCGAGACUGUUGAAAUUCGAGCUUCAUUAGUCUUCACAUCGAUAGGAUAUGCGGCUGAGGCUCUGUUAGGGUUUGAGGAAGUUGGGAUCCCCUUUGAUGAGCACAGAGGAGUUAUUCCGAGUGACCACUUUGGCCGAGUAAAGCCAAAGAACGGCUUAAACAUUCCCGGCAUGUAUUGUUCUGGUUGGGUCAAAACAGGAUCGACUGGUGUUAUUGCAAACACCAUGCAAGAUGCAUUCAGUACAGCUGAUGCGAUUAUUCACGACUGGGAAAACGGCGAUACUCCAUUUUUACGUUCGGAAAAUUCCGAGGAAUGUUUGCUUGGUUGGAGAGGUGUAUGCAAGGACUUCAAAGUAAGGCAACUCUGUAGACCAAUAACCUGGGAUGAUUGGCAAAUAAUCGAUAGUGAUGAGAGAACUAAUGGGCUCAAAAGCGGAAAGGAUCGGGAAAAGUUUACAUCUGUUGAAGAUAUGCUAGCAGCACUAAAGAAAUAA